CUCACAGCGCGACACUCACCCUGUUCGAUUGAAACCAGAGAGAGAAACAAAACCAAGAUAAGAAUAUUGUCAAUGUUAAGAUCGAAAUUGCAGGGACCUCGCGGAUCUCCGGAUUUCAUUUACCCUCGCUUCAUUCUGUGAAGGAACAUUUUUGCAUCAGGUGAAAUUUCUCAUCUGUGGAGAGCAGCGAGGGAGAAAAAGAAAGAUGCAGUUUGAAUAAUAGCCUUUAUUCGAAUUAAGAGCUGUCAACGCGACUCGGCACAUCUUCGGAAGAAGCAUCUCAUAGAAAACGGAUAAUUGGCAGCAAUCCUGUGGAAACAAUUAUGGCAAGACUCCUUGUACAUUCCAUUCUGUUAACGGUGGCAGUUACCUCAAGAAUUAUGCCAAGUCUUGCAUCAACUGAGAAUUAUGAUGAAAUUAUAACUCAGCCUCCAUCUGUGGAAACUGCUCAAAAUCUGAUAAGACAGAAGAUAAUGGAUGCACAGUUCAAGUGCUAUGAAAAAAUGGUCAGGGAUUCUUCAUAUAAUAAACCAGACCUAUACUGUAAUAGAACCUGGGAUGGAUGGUUGUGUUGGGAUGAUACACCAGCAGGAACAUUAAGUAUGCAGAAUUGCCCAAGCCACUUCAAUGACUUUGACGAAACUGAAAAAGCUACAAAGUACUGUGAUGAAGCAGGCAACUGGUUUAAACAUCCAGAAACCAAUCGAACUUGGUCGAACUAUACAUUUUGUAAUAAAUUCACAGAUUAUAAACUAACGAUGGCUCGUAUCCUUUACUACAUGGCUGUUGUUGGUCACACUCUGUCAAUUAUUUCAUUAUUGAUUUCCCUGGCCAUCUUCUUCUAUUUCAAGAGUCUCAGCUGCCAAAGAAUAACACUCCAUAAAAAUUUGUUCAUCUCCUACAUGUUUAAUUCAAUCUUUACUCUGAUCCAACUAAUGGCAGUAGCGAAUGACAAGGAUGUGGUCUCCCGAAACCCUGUUGGAUGUAAAGUGCUCCACUUCUUCCUCCAGUACAUGUUGGGUUGCAAUUACUUUUGGAUGCUUUGUGAAGGGAUCUACCUGCACACACUCAUCGUGGUGGCAGUAUUUGCUGAAGAACAACAUCUGCACUGGUAUUAUCUCCUGGGAUGGGGAUUUCCAUUAAUACCAGCUGCCAUUCAUGCAGUAGCCAGAACAAAAUACUUUAAUGACAAUUGCUGGAUAAGUGUCGAAACACACCUGCUUUAUAUAGUGCAUGCCCCGAUUGUUGCAGCUUUGUUGGUGAACUUAUUCUUCUUGCUCAACAUAGUUCGUGUCUUGGUGACAAAGUUGAGAGACACUCACCGCACUGAAUCCAAUAUGUACAUGAAGGCCGUCAGAGCAACUUUAAUACUUGUACCGCUGUUGGGAAUUCAAUUUGUUAUUAUUCCUUGGAGACCAGAAAACCGACUUGCUGGAGAAAUAUAUGACUAUAUUAUGCACAUAUUUGUCCAUUACCAGGGUUUGCUGGUGGCCACCAUAUUUUGCUUCUUUAAUGGAGAGAUGCAAGCAGCUCUGAAGAGGCAAUGGAUGCAGUAUAAAAUGCAGCUGGGGCAGCAACGACGGGAGCACUGUUCCAUGCGUUCAACCUCAUACACAGCGACAUCCAUCUCUGAAGUUCCCGGCUACCCCUAUCAUCAAGACAGCACCAGUGAACAUUUAAAUGGCAAGUUUGCAGAGGACUCUGAAAUUACUGCCCUGAAAUCAAAAGAGACAUAUGCUUGACCUGACCAAGAGUAAUCGACAAGAUUUUUUUUAAAAUCCCAUUUUACCCAUUAAAACAUAGAGUCCAGUAUCAACUGUCAGUCUCUAAAAUAAGCAACCCAACCCAACAGGGAAAAAAAGUAAACACUUUGCUGGCAGUGGCAGUCAAGAAAGGGGCCAGUCGAGGCAGAUGUUUCAAUAUUUCAUACAGUAGUGCUUUCAGAACUCUGACUGGAAAAUGGAGCUGUCAGUUGACAUGCGUGACAUUUCCAUGGCUGUAAGUGCUGUUUUAUAAACAAGGCCCACUACAAAAGUCUGGCUAAGAAUAAUUCAAAGAAUCAGCACCAGGAUCGUGGAGUGCAGACAAAUGCCAAGGUAGUGCAUAACUUCUCCCACUGAUAAGCCGUGCACAACACUGAUCACGGACGGCUGAUUUACAACUCAAGGGUUUUAUUAGCCGGCUUUCCUCUGCUCCUCAUAAAAAUUAAGAAGCCUUGGAAAUUUAGCCCUUGGCCCCAAAGCCAUUCCUUUCGUCAAUGAUAAUUUCAAAUUGAUAGAAGUUGUUCUUAAUUUGCAUGUUUGCAGCUCUGAUUAGAUACAUCUCCUUCAUAUUGUGGCUUCUAACUGACACACACACACGCACGCACACACACAAACACACACACACGCGUUAAUGCAGUUGCGUGCUGCAAGAUGAGAUCCAGCCACAAGGAACCUGAAAGUAAUGAUCAAAAUGUACCACCUCAGUCGCCCGUCAUGGAUUGUCCAUCCAUUAGCAACGAUAUAAUUUGGCUUCAUCCUUGCUGUGGUUUAUGCUUCCAGCAAGUUAGCAAAUAGCACUGCUGAUGCAAUUGUAUGGAGCACUGUGACUGUACCUUGGCACUGGAGAAGGAAGAGGCCAAACCAGACAGGCAGGCAGAGCCAAGAAGUCCUUUCUAAGUCAGACCUUUAAUGAAGAACGAGCAAACAGUUUACUCUCGAAUCAGGAUUUAACAAAUUACCUGCAUUAAUGUCCGCAGAAUAGUUUGAGCAUUUGGCCCGAAUAAGUAAUAUUCACUAAACCUUGCUAACUGUGUUCUCUCAAAACUGAUGGUUCACGCCAGAAUUACUUGUCCACAUGACACGUGGAGCUGACCUGUGCAUGCGGAUGUAAUUAGUUUCGUAGAUUUUGAACACAAAAUCGACAAACCACGACAUUGAGGGAGAGAGUUUUUUUUUUCUUCAACAGUUGGUGGUUGAAGGAAAUGAGCAAUGCCGAGACAGGGACUGCUUAAUGCACCACAUAAAGUUCCAUUGAGAUCGUAUGAACUACAUGUGCAGGAGGUGAAUGCACGGGACAGCAGGGACUUGUGCUCGGAUUUAGCAGCAGCAGCCAGAGACAUUGCUCCCCAUCCUGUCUGCUGUAGCAAAUACCAUUCUACGCUGUAAUGCCAAGUGGCAUCAUCCACUAUAGGAAGUGAUUGAUCUCACCAAAGUUGGUUGAAACUGAUGAAUUUGGAGUAGAUAUAUUCAAGGUAUUUAAAACUUGCAUUUCUAAUUACUUUUGUAAAACUAUGACAUUUAAAUACUUGAAUAACAGGCAGUGCCAAAUUUCUUUACUCCAAGUAGCAAAGCAGAAAGAUUACAUAACAAAUUCUCCCAAUGUCUAUUAGCCACACCAUUAGAACAAUUGUGAAGGUUUCUCUUGUUUAAUAUUUCUACCGAGAUUGUAAAUAUAUUAUUGCAGAACUAUUUACAGUGAGACUCGAAGUAAUGAACAAAGAAGAUCUUUUACACGUUUAUUUACCGUAUAGUUCGAUAGAGCCAUCAGGGGAACUCAUGCUCCCAUGUUAGCGGAAAGGUUUUUAAUGAAAAGAAUUACGAUGAAUUGGACAGUGCACAGGUGAGUGAAAUAUAUGACCACGAGUUUUCCGGAACCAAAAUGAGCAAUGAGCAAUCUUAUCUGGAUAAUAACUGGUUUCAAAACCUUCUGCAUGACAGAUACUGAAUAUUUAUUGCCAUGAAUUUCACAAACCCAUCCAACAACUGCUUAAGAGAUACGUUUUAAUUCUCUUCCCCGUGGAAAAGAAUUCAGAAUUCUAAUGUAUGAUGGAUUUGUAAAGUCUUAGCAUUUCCUUUUCUGAAAGGAUGAAUUCACUAUUGGUGACCUGUGACGAGCCCUAUCUUGGGAUUAAACCAUACAAGUAAUAUGCAGAUAUACAAGUAGAAGCACUCUUGUGGGUGGAAUUAAAUGGGUAUAUACACCUCCACCAUGGUCACAAUUAAAUGCUUGACCAUCUUCAACAUAUCUAUUUACAAACAAUACUGUAGUCAAUGGGCAUCUGAGGUGAACCCUCUACAUACUGGGAUGCCCAAGACACUCAGAUCCCAGGCUUCAUUUUCAUCAUACUGGCUCACUUGUGAAGCUUGUGAAUAAAUAGGAAAUCACCUUGUUCCUUUGGACACUUAAAAUAAAAGAUUCCAAUGUGGAUUAUACUCCACUUGUUUGUGCCUCAGAAAUGUAACUGGAGUCCCAUAUAUGCCCUAGCACUUGGAUUUGCACUUUAGAAGUACACUCUCAACUGACAUAGAGAGGUCCUCUGACCAUCUGUUUAUUGAUUAGUUAUUUACGGUACAAGUACAAAUUACCCUGUUUUGAUAAAAGAUAGUCAACCUGAGUAUUUCCAAUAAUUUUGUUUUUAUUCCAUAAACAACGUAAUGUUUUAAGAGCCCUACCACUUUAUUUGCAUUAGAACACUGUGGACUGCCACCAAUUAUACUUACAACACCAACACUAAAUUGCAUUUUCAUUAUUCAAUAAAACACAAAUUCCAUUAAACUUUACUACAAAUACUUGGCAUUGAUUUUAACAAUUUGUCCCCAGUGAAAUUUAAGCGAGUAAACCUGGAGGCAAACUAGGCUGUAACAGUAGGCAGAGAACAUUAACAAUUAUAUCCUGCCUCAGCCUAAUUGACUAUAAUUUUAAACGGAGGGUAGCAAAGAAAGCACCACACAUGUGAUGCUCUCUUUAAGUGAGCAGAACAGGUUCUCUUUAUUGGGACAUGGUGUGCUAUUUAACCUGAGGCUGUCGUGGCUUUAGGGCGGGUAAAGAUGGUCGGGAACAAACUACGUUUUGAUUGCAUAAUUAUUAACUCAAAAGGGUCUAAAAUAAUUAACGAGGGUAAUCAGGGUUCCAUCAUAAGCAGAUUGCAUUGUUUCCUGAGGUUUACAGGUGGAAGAAAUAAUUAAUUCUUGUCCACACUAAUCAAAACCAAUAAAGACAACCAAAUCUACAUGUUUGCAAUACCUCCAUGAGAAUGACUGUAUUUUCAUGUUCCAGUCAACACUGUCAGUGUCUAUUUGAACUUAAAAGGCAUUGGAACAGUUUUAUAUAUGAUGAAUUAAUGUACAGUCAAUAGCUUAAUGUAAUGUUUAGUAUUCUGUUACAUUGUGGACUGUAAACACUACAAAACAACAUUACUGUAAAUAUUUCACCCAGUCAACUCCCCUUUAAAUCUAUAUGUUAGUUUCUUACAUUUAUUCUUUAACACAUCACUUUCCCAAUGUUUAGCUCCAAAAUGGUUUUUCUUACAAUUCACGUUUGAGAAAUUAUUCAGAUGUCAUAUGAUGAUACCUUUGUUUUACGUGCAUUACUAAUUAAACAUAUGCUCUGGCUUCUGAAGUAGAUGUUCUUUAAAAUAUAUGUGAAUACCUUACAACAUUAAAGCUGACUGAAAUAAAAA